AUGCGGGAGCUGAGAUAUCUUUCCGCGGGGGCGGAGGGUGGGGGCGGUGAGCCGCCGGUGGUGAGGACGCGCCAGGGGGCGGUGCGAGGCCGCCGCCAGGCGUCCAGCAAGGGCCGCCCCCUGCUCGCCUUCUACAACUUGCCGUACGCCAAGCCGCCCGUCGGGUCGCUGCGUUUCGCGGAUCCACAAGCGCCAGAUGGAUGGGUGCACAUCCGAGAUGCCACUGUCCGUGGGCCCGAUUGCAUACAGAACGACAACUUUUUCUUCAAUUCUGGAGUGUUUGGGUCUGAAGACUGCCUCUACCUCAACGUCUACACACCAGAGCUGUCACCUUCCAAUCCAUUGCCGGUCAUGUUUUGGGUUCAUGGAGGUGGAUUUAGCUAUGGAGGAGGCACAGUCUAUGGACCGGAUUUCCUCUUGAAUUAUGAUGUUGUAUUAGUAACUAUCAACUACCGACUCGGCACAUUAGGUUUUCUGAGCACCGAAGAUGAAGCUGCUCCCGGAAAUUUUGGUCUUAAAGACCAGGUGGCAGCGCUGCGUUGGGUGCAGGAGAACAUCGCAGCGUUUGGCGGAGACCCGAACAGAGUCACAAUCUUCGGCGAAAGCGCGGGGUCGGUCAGCGUACACUUCCUCGCUUUGUCACCGCUCGCCAGAGGUCUUUUCCACCGCGUCAUCAUGGAGAGCGGCUCCGCCCUGUCGCCCUGGUCGGUGGUGCCGAAGGGUGAGUCGGUGGCGAGCGCGCGGCAGGUGGCCGCCUCCCUGGGCUGCCCCUCGCAGCCCCACCCCGCCUUGGUCGACUGUCUGCGCGGCGUCGACGACGACGAGCUGCAGAUCGCCGAGACCCCCACCAGGGCCGUUGUGGAUGCUACAGCGCAUUCUUCAUUUCUUCCCCGCCACCCGUCACUCCUUGAGCCUGCUAAAGUGGACUGGAUGGUUGGCGUGAAUGAAAAUGAAGGAGGACUUUUCAGUGCAAGACUUUAUGCGAACAAUUCCGCGUGGAAAGAGAUCGAAAAUAGAUUGAGGGUAGUGAUACCAAAACAAAACGCAGACCUCGUUAUAGAAAAGAUUCGUGAAUUUUACUUUCCAUCUGGAGAUCUGUCUCCCAAGGGUAUAACUGACAUGUACUCUGAUGCCGCGUUUACAUGCGGUAGUGAUGAGACAGUCCGACGUUACAAAAACACGGCCUCUGUCUUCUAUUAUUAUUUUACCUACAGAGGAAAGUACAGGACAGCAGAUCCUUAUCGAAGAACUGACUUUGAUUUCGGUGCUGGACAUACAGAUGAAAUGUUCUACUUAUUUCCCAGAAACCCGUUCUAUCCGGAAGAUUACGAGUUACCAGACGAAGACAUGAAGAUGGUUGAAACAAUGACUAAGCUGUGGACAGAUUUCGCUAAAACUGGGAACCCAACUCCAGAUGGUGAUCCUGUAACAUGGCCGAAAGUUACAUCUGACGAUGAACCGGAGUACCUAGAGAUCGGCGAAGAGUUGAAAGCCAAGAGGGGUUUCACCAAGGAACGUAUUGAAUUCUGGCGAUCCCUAACUUCUUUGUGGGAUUCCGGAGUACAGGAAGACACUAAGGACGAACUGUAGUUGCGAGAAGUUAAGGCCAGAAGGAGAAUUUCUUAUUGUAUUUAACACACAAAUUAA